CUGGCUCUUGGCAUUGCCAGUUCGCGAUUGCUGCUGUCCCAAAGGGACAACAGCCUUUGGCCAUGGAAUGACAGCCUGGACUGGGAGCUAUGUUUUUGCGAACCUGGGAGUGGAUUCCUUGGCAACGACAUGGAAAGGCUCCCGCAAUGGGAGUCGCGAGUACCACGAGCUGUCGGUGCUCCCUGAAGCACCGAGCUCGAGCCAGGCCCUGCUCAAGGGAAGAGGCUUUGAGCGGCAAACUUCCAGGAACAGCGCCCCUGGUGAGGGGGAGCUCCUGCAAGUCUUCAACUGGCUGCGGUCCUCUUGGAAGGCAAUGCUCACAACCUUCGUGGCGCUGGCGGUGGCUUUGGUCAUUCACUUUUCGAUGCCCUUUGUGCAUCCCAGCAGGUACGUCAUCAUGGGCACCACGGUGGUGGACUAUCCUCAGGCCUUCGAGGUGCCUAGCGAGUACAACCCAGACUGCGAUACCAGGUCCUCGGACUUCAGGAUGGGCAAUCGCGCAUUUCUGGAGGAGCUCGAGGGCUUCAGCUUUGUCUUCUUUUCCGUGGCGAGCAUAGUGAAUAUGGCCACGGAGAUUAUCAAGACGGCUUCAGCUGUGCUGAUGCCUCCUGUGAAGCCCAUACCAGAUGCCGAUCAGUUUAUCCCGGACGUCAACCAGCCCAAUUGCGUUGCCUUGCGACGCUGCCCCGGCAACCGCUUUGUCACGCUGGGCAGCUUGGUGCCAGGGCCGCAGGAGCUGUGGCGAUCCGGACCCUUUGCAAAGAAGUUUCAGCCUAUGGCAAAGAGCUUGAUCUCUCUGGUGCAGGGCGAGCUGCAGGGCCAGCGCCCGGAAGGGGCGGAGUUCUGCCCGUCACAGUCCGUCAACGUGCUCAUGGAGGCGCCACACGGGCUGAAGAUCGCUGGCAUCAGCGGGAUGACAAUUUUUAUGCCUUGGACGAUGCAGACUGCAUGCUUUCUGUAUCCAAUCCAGCUGGUCAGCCUUCUUUACGAUCUCAUUGCAGAUUCGUUCCUUCGAUCACCCGACUACAUGUCAAUCCUCUCGGACAGCAACCUGUGGUGGCAGUGGCUUCUGCUCUCAUUUCGGCAUGAGAUGCUGCUGCCGGUGCUCCUUCAGGUCUUGCGUAUCCACAUCAGCAUCGACAACUUGGGCUCCUUUCUGAGAGGAUCUGAAGGAACGCUUAUAGGCAAAAGAAUGCUGGCGUUUGCCUGCGCAGUAGCCUUGCUGCCAAAGCUCAUGAUCUUUUUACCUGCAUUGCUGGUGACGUUUCUCAUCGGCCUUUUUCCCACGUGGCUUGCUGCCCAAUUUCUGGAGCGCACCACGGGCAAAUCCUACUGGUAUGGCAAGGAUGGACCGCACCUGGUAGUGCUGUACUGCUUCGUGCUACCCUCCGCCUCUGUUGUGAACGCCCUGUUUUACAGCUUCUCUGGCGCGACGUACCUUUGCACCCAUGCAAAAGCAAAUCUCCUCCCUUUGCGAGAAGGGCACUGGACGAUGGACGCGCCUUUGAUAUGCUUCUUGGCCUCCAUGUUCUUUUGGGCUUUGGCUCUCGUUGUUCCUUUGAAGCUCUUCCUCACGUUUUUCCCGGAAACCAGUGGCAGGGGAUUCAUAUCCUUCCUGAGCCCUUCUGGAUUUUAUCUCCGCUGGUUGGAGAACCCCCUCUACGACACGAGCUCUCUUCGCUUGGACCGGGAGGGCUACGAGGAGCAUCGCCGGCAUUUCCUGAAGGCCGAGGCCAAGGAGGAGUGCAGAUACUGCCAGCACAUCAACAACUCGGCUGGCGAUGUGCUUGCAACGCACUUCCCAGCACAGUCCUUUAUCUAUGAUGGCAUGCAGCAGUGCUGGGAAUUCCCGUGCUUGCACAACUUCAUCUACAAUGCCCAGAAAGGUGCCUCGAGUGCUGCGGAGCUGAUUGGGGUCAUCGAGCGCCUCAGGGAGCGGCAGUCGGUGCGCCGCCUGCGGGCGGCGCUGGACGAGGCCCAGGACUUUGCAGAUGGCCUGCAGCAGGCCGAGCAGCUUCGCAGGACAGCCCAGGUGGUAAACAACGGGCACAUCGUCAUCAUCGACGGGGUGUUUGGACCUCACACCAAGAAGGCCCUUCUGGAGUUCCUCAUGCAGCAGGGCGAGAUACCUCGGACCAACACACCCAAGGGUGGCUUUGGCCAGGAAGCUAUGAAGGGCCUGCAAAGCUUCUUGAAGAGGCUUGGCUUCUACACAGGGCCACUGCACGGCCAGCUGGACGACUGCUGGACCAUCAGGGCCUUGCGGUCCUGGCUCAUGGAUCUGGGUCACUUCCACGAGCGGUGGCUCUCAGAUGGCGACUGCUCUUUUGGCAGGUGGACCACCAUUGCGCUCCAGCGCUUCUUGGUGUCCACGCACGAACGAGCCAAGGGCAUCAGGCACCUAGCGGUGGAUGGGCAAUGGACCGUGGAGACGGUUUUUGCGUUCGAGGAGUUUCUGGCCCGCACUGGUACUGCCACCCCAAGGACAGGCACGUGGCAGGAGGCCAACACCCGGGCGCUGCAGGAGUUCUUGAAAAGGCGGGGCUAUUUGGAGAAGGACCAGCCCCUUGCCACAGAAAUGGAUCCAGAGGUUUGCGCGGGUCUUCAAGCUUGGCUCCGGGACCAGGGCUUCCCCUGCGGCCUGGAGGGCAAGAAUGCAGAUGGUGUGGACGGCAUUUUGGAUACGGCCACAUGCAUUGCUCUUCAGCUCUUUCUGAACUCAGAGCGUGCUGGGUUCAUUGACAAGGACCUGGUCAUCGAUGGGAAAUGGAAGGAGAUUACCAUAAGAAGACUGCAGGAGAUGCUGGCAGAGGACAACCUCAACGUGGAGGUGACGGGCAGCUGGGACGUGGUCACCCGGCAAGCGCUCCAGGGCUUUCUGAAGGCUCAGGGCCGCUAUGUCAGCUUCCUGGACGGUGACUUUGGCGGCGUCUCCGUCAAGUCCCUGCAGGCAUGGCUUCGAGACGAGGGCUUCAGUUGUGGCAAUGACGGUCCACGUGGUGAUGGAGUCAGUGGUGUUUGGAACAAGGCUACCACUGCAGCCCUCCAGAAGUUCCUGAACUCCAGGAAGGCUUCGAUUUGCCAAGACGCGCGCUACACCACCGUUCCAGAGCAGCACGAUCUGGAGGCAUCCUGCUGGGCAUUAGCCCUCUUCGGUGGAGCAGAAGAGGCCAUAGAUGAGGACGCCUUGAACAUGAUUUCGGUGCUCGGACCAGACCUCCUGGAGAACGGCCGCAAGACAGCCAAGGCACGGCUGGUUUUGCGGGAAAACAACUUGCCAGUACCCUGCGAGUGGUGGGGCACCGCUCAACUCCUGGCCAAUCUGGGAGAUGCGGCCUGGGUUCAGGCCGCCAAUUCCGAUGCCGCUGUGGCAGCCGUGCGAGCAUUGCGAAGUCUGGAGGAGGUGGACGAGGCGCCCCAAGGCGUGUGGGAGAUGGGCGUGGCCGUGCUCCUGGGCCACCUCCGUGAUGGCUCCGCAGCCACAGUGGAGGUUGUUUGUCACGCCCUCGGGACGCUGACUGACACGCACUUACUGCGCGUGGAGGUGCACGACUGCGCGCGGAAGGUUUUGGCAGCGCGGCUUCGUGCGAAUGCCUCCAUCCACCAGGCCAUCGCUCGAGGCCUCGUCUCUAUGCGAACCCUCAUCCCGCAGCUCUGGCCAGUGCUGAGGGAGAGGCUUUCCAGCCCAGACGGCCUGGAUGUGAAGAUCGCGGCCGAGGCACUGGCUGCGUUGCACGGUCAACAGCUGCUGCCGGAACAGGUGCUGUCGUCCUGCGUGGAGGUCUUGGGCGAGAGACUCCUCGAGGAGGACUGGAUCGUGAGGGUGGCGGCCUGCCGAGGCCUCGCCUCCUUCGGCACACAGGUCGCAGGGCCCUACCUUGACCAGAUCCUCCGAGUUGUUGACGACGACGAGGGGCCCGUUGUGGCGGCGGCCGCUUAUGCGGUGAGCGUGCUUGUGGGCAGAAGGCGCGAGAGAAUGUUCCAGCUGCAGGGGGUUAUGAGAAGGCUGCAAAUGCGGCUCGCUGACGGAGAAAGUGAUUCUUGGGUACGAGCCGGCGCGUGCCAGGGGCUCGGGCACUUGGGCAUCGCUACAGAGGACACCGUGGCUGUCUUGUCCAGUCAGUUCACAGACAGCGAGGGCAUUGUCGUGGAGGCUGCAGCAGAGGCAAUGUGUAGCUUGCAUCUCUGGGGCGCCGUCGAGACAAAGGUGUUGGACGAAGAGGCUCGGAAAACAGCUCAGCGCCUUGGAGACGAGAACUGGCUCACAAGGUGGGCCUCCUGUGUGUGCCUGGGCGCGCUUGGUGUGGCAGCGCUGCCUUACAUCCAGGACCUACAGGACCGCUUCGAGGAUGAGGAUGAGAACGGCUUCGUGCACGAUGCCGCGAGGAUGAGCCUGAACCGGCUUUCUGUGAUGCAGAGAGGCGAGCGCAGUUUGGAGAAGCUGUACUCGGCAAAUGCUUCAGCACAAAAUGCGGGAGGAUUGUCACCACCAGUGGUGUUCCCGCGGCUCUUCAGCUGAGGGAUCUUGCAGGCGUUCACGACUACCGGAUAGGCGAGCCAAUGCAAACAACAGGAGAACGGAGUCCUCCCGGCAAUGGGCAUCAGGCAAAUCGAUCUUGUGCAUGAGUUAGCAAGCGACUGCACUUUUGCAGCUUCAAUUCUCAGAAGAGAAUUGGAGUCAUGUGCA